UGAAACGUGUGAUGAAAGUUGGAGCUGCAGCGUACCUCGUUGAUCUUCGCGAGGUGACAUCGACGGUCAAGAGCGAAGAUAUCGAGAAGCUGUGCAAGGCCGUUCCUCCGGAAUUAGUGGAACUGAUUCGGAAAUACCCAAGGAUUUUCCCAGACGAUCAGCCAGCUGGACUCCCACCGAGCCGACCUGAGGACCACCGGAUCGAGCUGGAACCAGGCGCCCAACCGACGGUACAACGCCAAUUUUGGCUCAGCCAACCAGAACUAGAAGAAAUGCAGCAGCGGCUGGAUUACCUUCUAACGAAAGACUUUAUCUGGCCCAGCACGUCACCAUACACCACCCCGAUACUGUUCAUGCCGAAGAAGGAUGGAGGAUUCAGAAUGUGCAUCGACUACCGUGCGCUCAACCGGAUCACCACCAAGUCGCGUUACCCGAUCCCGCGAGCCGACGAACUUCUGGACCAACUUCGCGGCGCCAAGUUUUUCUCGAAAAUCGACUUGCGCGGCGGUUACCAUCAGAUUCGCGUCGCCGCCGGAGAUUAUCACAAGACAGAAUUCCGAACCCGUUGCGGAAGCUACGAGUACCUGGUGAUGCCUUUUGGCCUCACGAAUGCGCCCUCGACUUUCCAAAUGACCAUGAACGGUGUUUUCAGAAAACUCUUGGACAAAUGCGUCAUUAUGUACCUCGACGAUAUUCUGAUCUACAGCCGCAAUAGGGAGCAGCACUUACGAGAUCUUGAUGUAGUCUUCACGCUGCUGCACAAGAAUCGCCUCAUCACGAAAGGGUCUAAGUGCGACUUUCUUAAGCAGGUGUUGGAAUUUCUAGGCCACAUCGUCUCUACUGAAGGAGUGAAAAUCGACCCCAAGAAAAUCAAGACCAUAAAAGAAUGGAAGCCGCCAAGCAACAUCAAGGAGCUGCAGAUUUUUUUGGGUUUCGUCAAUUACGUCCGCAGGUUUAUACCAAAUAUGGCUGGGUUAUCUGCCCCGCUAACUAAUCGAGUCAAAGAUCACGAUUGUUUUUGGUGGAGAGAGAAGCAGCAAGCCGCAUUUGACCAACUGAAGAUUGGGCUCACGUCACCGCCCAUCCUUUGCAUCGCCGAUCCUGACCGUCCAUAUGAAGUCAUCACCGACGCUAGCGACAUCGCCAUCAGCGCAGUCCUUUUACAAGAUUUUGGUGAAGGAUUACAGCCGGUCGCCUACGAAUCACGGAAGCUGCAGGGCGCAGAGAAAUAUUAUACUGUACACGACAAGGAAGUGUUAGUGAUCGUUCACACGUUCAAGACCUGGCGGUGCUACCUGACUGGCGUUGAUGUCACUGUGCGAACAAACCACAAAUCCCACAAGUACCUGCGAGCCCAGCCGAACCUCAACCCGCGACAAAUCCGAUGGCUCGAUUUCCUCCAGUCAAACUUCCACUACACCAUCACCUACAAAUGGGGCACCAACAACAUUGCCGAUGCCCUGACCCGACCCACUGCCCAUAGAGCCGCCAUACUAAUCGCCCAAACCAGCCCACUCCGUAAAGGACUAUUUAUCCAUGGCUACAAGAUCGACCCUUUUUACGAAUACCUGGUGAUGCCUUUUGGCCUCACGAACGCGCCUUCAACGUUCCAGAUUACCAUGAACGGCAUUUUUUGGGAACUCUUGGAUAAAUGCGUUAGUAUCUACCUCGACGACAUACUAAUCUACAGCCGCAGCCAGGAGCAGCACUUACGAGAUCUUGAUGUAGUCUCCACGCUGCUGCACAAGAAUCGCCUCAUCACGAAAGGGUCUAAGUGCUACUUUCUUAAGCAGAAGUUGGAGUUUUUGGGCCACGUCGUUUCUACCGAAGGAGUGAAAAUCGACCCCAAGAAAAUCAAGACCAUACAGGAAUGGAAGCCGCCGACCAACCUCAAAGAACUACAGAGUUUUCUGGGUUUCGUCAACUACGUCCGCCGUUUUAUCCCAAAUAUGGCUGGGUUACCGAGUGAAGGAUCACGAAUGUUUUUGCGAGCAGCCGGACUACUACAGCCGUUGGAUCCGCCUGAGCUACCCUGGCAACACGUCACGAUGGACUACGUGACAGGACUACCGGCCGGCCCCAGCGGAAACGACGCCAUCCUCGUGGUCGUCGACCGACUCACGAAAAUGGCGCACUUCAUCGCCUGCCAACAGACUAUCACAGCCGAGCAAACUGCGCAACUGUUCCUCGCGAACGUCAUCCGACUGCACGGACUGCCCCCCGCCAUCAUUUCAGACCGAGACCCGAAAUUCACAUCGAAUUUCUGGCGCCACCUGUGGGACCAGUUCGGCACCAAACUCCAAUUUUCCUCCGCCUACCACCCACAGACCGACGGGCAGACCGAACGCGUCAACCAAACCAUGGAGCAACUCUUUCGAACUACCUGCACUGACCCAUCGACAUGGGAGAAAUCUCUCCCGCUGCUGGAGUUCGUGUAUAACAAUGCAUCCUCCGCUACAACCCAUCAGUCCCCGUUUUUUCCUCAAUUACGGACAGGACCCCAUCUCGUCCUUGUGAGACCAAAGGACUCAUCCGACCAUCUACUUCGCCAUACGGUGCCCCAGUACUCUUCACACCGAAACCGGACGGAAGCCUGCGCAUGUGCAUCGACUACCGAGCUCUUAACAAGCAGACCAUCAAGAAUAAAUAUCCGAUACCGCGAAUCGAUGACCUACUUGACCAGCUUCGGGGAGCUACGGUAUUUUCCAAACUGGAUCUGCGGUCCGGAUACUGGCAGAUACGGAUGGCGGACAACUCUAUCCACAAAAACUGCUUUCCGAACUCGGUACGGAUCGUACGAGUAUUUGGUCAUGCCGUUCGGACUCACCAACGCGCCGGCAACGUUCCAAGCCGAAAUGAACCACAUUCUACGACCACUUCUGGACGAAUGCGUGGUGGUGUACCUGGACGACAUACUCAUCUACUCGCGCGACAUGAAGCAGCACGUCGAACACCUGCGACGCGUCUUCGAAAUUCUUCGACGAGAACGAUUCUACGUCAAACUGUCCAAGAGCGAAUUCGCCCUGGAGAAAGUCCAAUUUCUAGGACACUUGGUGAGCGCUCAAGGAGUUCACGUCGACCCCAAGAAAAUCGAAGCCGUACGUACGUGGAAGACACCCGAGAACGUGAAGGAGUUGCAGCAGUUCCUAGGCUUCGCUAAUUACUACAACAGGUUCGUGCCACAGUAUGCGAAACUCGCGGCACCACUCACGAAUCUGCUGAAGAAGAACACGCCCUACAAAUGGGAGACGAAGCACCAGGAAGCCGUGGAGCAGCUGAAACAAGCACUAACGUCCGCACCGGUGCUCAUCUUGCCAGAUCCCGAACGCGACUACGUAAUCGAAGCUGACGCCAGCGACCAGGCAGUGGGAGCAGUCUUGAUGCAAGACCAGGGGAAUGGACUGCAACCAAUUGCCUACCUCAGCAAGAAACUGCACGGGGCAGAACUCAACUACCCGAUACACGACAAAGAGGCUCUUGCUAUCGUUAUCGCCUUCAAAGCGUGGAGAUGCUAUCUCGAAGGACGAAGAACGACCGUCUACACCGACCACUGCAGCCUGAAAUAUUUGAAGACACAACCCAACCUUUCCAGGCGGCAGGUCCGGUGGAUCGACUUCCUCGAGACACACUUCCACUACGACAUCGUGUACAAGCCCGGCCACAAGAACAAAGCAGACGCUCUCAGCCGGCCUGCACACGUUGCCGCGAUUCAGGUCGAAGGGAUGAAUCCACUACUCAAGGGACUCUUCACCCACGGGUACGCCAUCGACCCCGAAAUUUCCUUGGCAGAAAAGCGACAUCUGCUACAGUGGGACAGUGACAUCGCGUACCGGAAAGGAUCAGCAAAAAUCUGGGUACCCAAUUACCCUCCUUUGCGCCAGUUACUACUCGAAGAAUACCACGACGUCCUGUACGCCGGACACUUCGGUAGCAACAAGACGCUCACCGGUAUCGCCAAACACUACUACUGGCCCCAUAUGGCAGACGACGUCCAGAAAUUCGUCACCUCGUGUGAUACAUGUCAGCGGAUGAAGAGCAGCAAGCAGAAAAAGGCGGGACUACUGCAGCCUCUUCCUGUCCCAGAACAACCAUGGCAAGUGGUUAGCCUAGACUUCAUCACCGGGUUACCACCUACCUCCAGCGGUCAUGACGCCAUCCUUGUCGUCAUUGACAAGUUCUCCAAAAUGGGACACUUCAUCCCGACACACACGACGGCACGCACCGAGGAGACAGCACAGCUCUUCGUUCGUCACAUCAUCUCACAGCAUGGCAUCCCAACUACACUCAUCUCCGACCGAGACCCCAAGUUCACUAGCAAGUUCUGGAAGGAACUUAUGUCUCUGCUCGGCACCAAACUCGCCAUGUCAUCCGCAUACCAUCCGCAGACAGACGGACAGACCGAGCGCCUCAACCAAAUUGUUGAGCAACUCCUCCGAGCAGCCUGCAAGGACGACAUCUCCAAAUGGGACUUGCACCUGCCCGUACUCGAGUUUGCUUACAACAAUGCCACACAUGCCGCUACUGGACAGACGCCGUUCUUCCUCUGCUACGGACGCCACCCACUCACACCACAGAAACCGACAACAUCCGCUACAGUCCAACCUGCACACGAUUUCAUCACAACCAUGCAUCAGCUUUGGGAUCGGACCCAUAAGCGCCUCCUUGACAUUCAACAGCAACAGAAGCGCCAGGCCGAUCGCCAUCGCAACGACCACACCAUCACGGUGGGAGACCAGGUGCUCCUCGACACCCGCAACCUGGACCUCAGCCACCUCCCAUCUAAACUUCGACCUCGCUUCUGCGGGCCUUUCCUCGUUGAAGCACAGGUCACUCCUGUUACCUUCCGCUUACGCCUACCAGCUACCUGGAAGAUUCACAACGCCUUCCACGUCCAACUUCUGAAGCCCUAUCGGGACCCGAACACAAUUUUCGUCGGACGCCAGCCGCCGCCGCCGCCGCCCGUCCUCGUCCAGAACGAACCCGAGUACGAGGUCGAGUCCGUGCUCGCACACCGCCGUCGUCGGAAUGGCACCGUGGAGCUUCUUAUCCGUUGGAAGGGUUAUGAUCCUUCUGAGGACAGCUGGGUACCUGAGUCCGACAUGGGUAACGCCCGUCGUCCUCUACAUGACUACCUUGUCAAGCAGGGUGUUACUUCUACCACCCAGCUUUGAGGGGGGGAAGUGUGAGAGUACGCCUCCGUU